ACAUCUGUUAUUCGCUCAGGACACUCCAGACUGCUCAAAGAUAAACACCACCAUGAAACCACUACUAAUACUUGGGUUUUUUGUUAUUGCAUUGUUCUACAUUGUUCAUGCUAAAAUACCAGAUUUCUGUUCCCUACCAAUUGAUGAGGGGAAAACUCCACCCUCUGGAUCAGACUUUGUGAUCAUGAUCUAUUACGACGCCACUAGAGAUCUGUGCUACCCCUUCAAGUACCUGGGGGAGGGGGGAAACGCCAAUCGCUUCACUCUGGAGAAGUUCUGCAUGAGGAACUGUUCUGCCAGGGCAGAGCAGGUCUACCCCAUGGAUGUGUCUCAAGCCUGCCACCUGAAGAAGGAUAUAGGUAAAUGCUAUGGUACCUCCUUGCGUUUCUACUACGACUCGAUCAAUCAGAAAUGUAAGAAGUUCCUCUGGACUGGCUGUGCUGGGAAUGGCAACAGGUUCAUUGACCAGGAGACCUGCAACGCCACCUGCUCUGGAAUUCAUGAUUCUGGUAUUGAGGAGGAAGAAUAUGAACCUGACACCCCCAUUGCCCUGAUUCUGGGAGUGGUUUUAGGCAUCAUUGGAUUAAUUCUCCUCACAGUCGUGAUUGUCCUGUUCAUUAAGAACAAGAACGCAAAGAAAAAUCACAAAAGCACACAACAUGUUGCCCAGGAAUUGCCACUGAAAGACACGCCUGCCCAGGAGCUGGCCUAGAGGAGACUACCAUACAAGGAAACGCCAAAGAAAUUAGAAAGCAUGACGGGCAGCCGUAUUGACUGAACCCAUGCUAUUCAUUAUAUUUUUAGGGUAACCACCAGGCCAUUUCUUCAUCCUCUUGGGGUUGGAUAAAAACACAUGUUAUUUUUAUGCUUUUAGAGGUUAAUGAAGUAAAGACAAUGGGAAACAUAGAAGAGAGUGCUGAAAUAGAGGUUCUAGAACACCCU